AUGGGCAUCCACGGCCUCUCCAAGCUGCUCAACGACAACGCGCCGCGCUGCGUCCGGGAGCACAAGAUGGAGUACUUCGCCGGGCGGAAGAUCGCGAUCGACGCGAGCAUGCAGAUCUACCAGUUUCUGAUCGCGGUGCGCCAGCAGGGCGGCGAGGGCCAGCUCACGAACGAGGCGGGCGAGGUCACCUCGCACCUCACCGGCAUGCUCUACCGCACGAUCCGCAUGAUGGAGGCGGGGAUCAAGCCCGUCUUCGUCUUCGACGGCAAGCCGCCGACGCUCAAGUCGGGCGAGCUGGCGAAGCGGAAGGAGCGGCAGCAGGCGGCGGAAACGGAGCUCACGCGCCUGCAGGAGCAGGGCGGCUCCGCCGAGGACGUCGAGCGGCAGCAGAAGCGGACCGUCCGCGCAUCGCGCGAGCAGUCCGAGGAGGUGAAGAAGCUGCUCGGGCUGAUGGGCGUGCCGGUGGUGGACGCGCCGUGCGAGGCGGAGGCCACCUGCGCGGCGCUCGCCAAGGCCGGCCUCGUCUACGCCACCGCGACCGAGGACAUGGACGCGCUCACGUUUGCCACGCCGCUCCUCAUCCGCAACCUCAACUCCCCCGAGGCGCGCGAGCGAGCGGCCCGCAAGCUGCCAAUCCGCGAGUUCAACCUCGAGCUGGCCCUCGGCACGGAGGGGCUCGACAUGUCGAUCGAGCAGUUCACCGACCUGUGCAUUCUUUGGGGCUGGGACUACACAAACUCGAUCAAGGGGAUUGGGCCCGAGAUGAUCCCCGACCCCUUCCCUUUCGAGGAGGCGCGCCGCAUGUUCCGCGAGCCCGAGGUGGCCGACACGUCCGCCACGCCCGCCUUCAAGUGGAGCGAUCCCGACGUGGAGGGGCUCAAGAGGCGCCCCCUCCCCCCCGCCCCACCCCACUACCACCACCACCCGCUCCCGCUCCCGCUCCCGCUCCCGCACCCGCACCCGCUCCCGCUCGUCGCGGCGCGGCGGCCUGGCGGCCUCACCUCUUGCGCCCGCUGCACCUCUUGCGCCCGCUGCAGCUACCUCAUCGACGAGAAGCAGUUUGGCGAGGAGCGCGUCCUCAAGGCGAUCGAGCGGCUCAAGAAGUGCAAGGGCAAGAGCGGGCAGAACCGGAUGGAGGACUUCUUCGGCAAGGCGACGAUCAUCCCCAACAAGAGAAAGGAGGCGGAGGCGGCCAAGGGCAAGGGCAAAGGCAAGGCGGGCAAGGGGCCGCUCAAAAAGGCGAAGAAGUGA